AAAUCCUCUCCAAAGCCCAGUGAGAGAAUCUGCCACCAUUUCUCUUUCUAGCAGCUUCUUCUACAAAUAAUAAUAGAAAAUCCAGUUUGAAAUUCUCAAAAAAUUAGAGAGAUUUGAGAGCUUUAACGAUGUAUUGUAGGGCACGAUUCGCCUCGAGGCUAGCUUCGACGACAGCGGCGGCGUCGUUUUCGCCUUCUGCGUGUAGUAGAGUUUCGUCGCCGAUUGCUUCUCCGUCUUCUGCUUCUUCUGUUUCGUUCUGGAACCAGAGGUACCGGUCUUUGAGUUUCUCGUAUUCGCUCCGGUCGCUGAGGUGCUCGGCGCCGCGGCUCCAUUGGAGGUCGCCGGAGAGCCUUCGUGUUCUGGCGAGGACCUCUGUUCCGGUUGUGGAGAGGUUCCACCGGAGGAUCGCUACUACUGCUUCUGAGCAUCCUUUCAAGGGAGUGAUGACAAGCCUUCCCAAGCCUGGGGGUGGAGAAUUCGGAAAAUUCUAUAGUUUGCCGGCUUUGAAUGAUCCACGAAUUGACCGUCUUCCAUACUCGAUAAGGAUCCUUUUGGAAUCUGCUAUCCGUAACUGUGACAACUUUCAAGUCACAAAGGAUGAUGUUGAGAAGAUCAUUGAUUGGGAGAAUACAUCACCGAAGCAAGUUGAAAUCCCCUUCAAGCCUGCUCGUGUUCUCUUACAGGAUUUUACUGGAGUGCCAGCUGUAGUUGACCUUGCAAGCAUGCGGGAUGCUAUGAAGAAUCUUGGCAAUGACCCAAAGAAGAUUAAUCCAUUGGUUCCAGUAGACCUUGUCAUUGAUCAUUCGGUUCAAGUUGAUGUUGCAAGAUCUGAAAAUGCAGUACAAGAAAACAUGGAACUUGAAUUUAAGAGGAAUAAAGAGAGAUUUGCUUUCCUUAAAUGGGGCUCAUCUGCUUUUCAUAAUAUGCUUGUUGUUCCUCCAGGUUCUGGAAUUGUUCACCAGGUGAACCUGGAAUACCUAGGACGUGUUGUUUUUAACUCUGAUGGAAUGCUCUACCCUGAUAGCGUUGUUGGUACUGAUUCACAUACAACUAUGAUAGAUGGGUUAGGAGUUGCAGGUUGGGGAGUUGGAGGAAUUGAAGCAGAGGCAGCAAUGCUUGGCCAGCCAAUGAGCAUGGUGUUACCUGGUGUCGUUGGAUUCAAGCUAGCUGGCAAAUUGCGUGAUGGUGUCACGGCCACCGACUUGGUUUUGACUGUGACACAGAUGUUGAGGAAGCAUGGUGUUGUUGGCAAAUUUGUUGAGUUUUACGGUGAGGGAAUGGGUGAAUUAUCAUUGGCUGAUCGAGCCACAAUAGCAAAUAUGUCGCCUGAAUAUGGAGCAACCAUGGGCUUUUUCCCUGUAGAUCAUGUAACACUGCAGUAUCUUAAGCUAACUGGUAGAAGUGAUGAGACAGUAUCAAUGAUAGAAGCUUAUUUGCGUGCAAACAAGAUGUUUGUUGACUAUGAUGAGCCUCAACAAGAAAGAGCAUACAGUUCUUAUUUACAGUUGGACCUGGCCGAAGUUGAACCCUGUAUCUCAGGGCCGAAGCGGCCUCAUGACCGAGUUCCUUUGAAAGAAAUGAAGGCUGAUUGGCAUGCAUGUCUUGAUAACAAUGUUGGAUUCAAGGGUUUUGCUGUGCCAAAGGAAGAGCAGAAUAAAGUUGCUAAGUUCACAUUCCAUGGCCUGCCUGCCGAACUUAGACAUGGAAGUGUUGUAAUUGCGGCUAUCACCAGCUGUACAAACACAUCAAAUCCUAGUGUCAUGCUCGGGGCUGGGCUUGUUGCUAAGAAGGCUUACGAACUAGGUUUGGAGGUCAAGCCAUGGAUUAAAACAAGUCUUGCUCCUGGAUCUGGAGUUGUUACAAAGUAUUUGCUUCAGAGUGGGCUGCAAAAAUACUUGAAUCAACAAGGUUUUAACAUUGUUGGUUAUGGCUGCACAACUUGUAUCGGAAAUUCUGGAGAACUUGAUGAAUCAGUUGCUUCAGCAAUUUCGGAAAAUGAUAUCAUCGCUGCAGCUGUUCUUUCCGGGAAUAGAAACUUUGAAGGUCGUGUUCAUCCCCUAACCAGAGCUAACUAUCUUGCUUCACCUCCAUUAGUAGUUGCCUAUGCCCUUGCUGGCACGGUUGAUAUUGAUUUCGAGAAAGAGCCUAUAGGGACAGGAAAAUCGGGGAAAAGUAUAUAUUUCAAGGAUAUAUGGCCUAGUAAUGAUGAGAUCGCACAGGUUGUUCAAUCUAGUGUGUUGCCUGAUAUGUUCAAGAGCACCUAUGAAGCCAUCACAAAGGGCAACCUGAUGUGGAAUCAACUUUCCGUCCCUGCUUCCACGCUUUAUUCUUGGGAUCCAAACUCAACAUACAUUCACGAGCCUCCAUAUUUCAAAAACAUGACCGUAGAACCACCAGGCCCGCAUGGAGUGAAAGAUGCCUAUUGCUUGCUCAAUUUUGGUGACAGUAUUACCACCGAUCACAUCUCUCCUGCAGGUAGCAUCCAAAAGGAUAGCCCUGCUGCUAAGUUUCUUCUUGAGCGUGGGGUGGACAAAAAGGACUUCAAUUCCUAUGGUAGUCGUCGAGGCAAUGAUGAAGUGAUGGCAAGGGGCACCUUUGCCAAUAUCCGCAUUGUCAACAAGCUACUGAAGGGAGAAGUUGGUCCGAAGACUAUUCAUGUUCCGACAGGAGAAAAGCUUUAUGUGUAUGAUGCAGCAAUGAGGUACAAGGCUGCUGGGCAAGACACGAUAGUCUUAGCUGGAGCAGAGUAUGGAAGUGGCAGCUCAAGAGAUUGGGCUGCCAAGGGCCCAAUGUUAGUGGGUGUGAAAGCAGUUAUCGCAAAGAGCUUUGAGAGAAUCCAUCGAAGUAAUCUGGUUGGUAUGGGAAUCAUUCCUCUUUGUUUCAAGCCUGGUGAGGAUGCUGAUUCUCUAGGAUUAACUGGCCAUGAACGUUAUUCAAUUGACCUUCCAAAUAAAAUCAGUGAGAUAAGGCCCGGCCAAGAUGUUACAGUCACAACUGACACUGGCAAAUCGUUCACGUGUACUGUCCGCUUUGAUACUGAGGUGGAAUUGGCAUACUUUGAUCAUGGUGGCAUUCUUCCAUUUGUUAUCCGUAACCUAAACAAAGAGUAGACAAUUUGGCUUCAAGUAAGUAGUCUCUUCACUUUGCUAUCUGCUUUGAUUGGUUUUGACAGUGGUAUCGAUUCGAUCGACAGUCAAUAACUAGUACUGGUAUCUCAAUGUUCUCUAUACGACCUUUUUUCGUAAUAUUUCAUUUGUAAUAUCUGGCGUGAUUCAUUUUGAAACCGAACCAAUUUGAAGAGUUAGAAAUGAAAUCUAGUCUGUUUCCGGGUCC